AUGCCCACAUGGCGCCAGCUCCAGCCUGCGUCAGAGCAAUGCUGGGAGGGCACGGUGGUGUGCCAGAAUGCCUGCAUCGUCCGGGAGGCCGCCAGCCUCGACUCGGAGGUCCUUGAGGAGCUUCUCCCUGGCACGCAGGUCACGGUGGUGCAGGAGGAGGAGGCUUCCGGCAGGCUCCGGCUACGCCUCUCCCAGCCUCUGGAUGGCUGGGUGACGGCCAAGUUCGUCCAGAGGAUUGAUGCGGACAAUGGCUACCCCAAAGGGCCUUCCAACGGCAGUGCUGCGGCGAAAACCAACGGCCACUCAAAUGGUGCCGGGGCGGAUGACGCCGACUGGAAGCCGCUUGGCGAGGCGACGUUCUUCCCCUCGGCCACGGACACCGUGACUGAGAAGACCCCCAUGGGUCGGCCCGUGGAUAUCUUCCAAGGCCACAAGGACCUGGACAUCAGCUUCGGUUCUCCUGCUUGGGUCUACCGAGAUCGGGUGGAGAUGGCCAUGUGGAUUGCCCGUAGAGUCAGCAGCUUCAAGGACAGCCUGGGUGACGAGGUGAACGCCACCCUGCGCCAGUCUCGGCUGAGGGUCGCGUUAGAGGGCGCAUCCCAGAGCUUCUAUGGCGAGAAACUUGGAGUGCGGGACGAGUUUCUGCCGUCACCUCCUUUCGUGUCGGCGGUGAAGAGCAAGAAGGACAUGUUCGACCAGGAGCUGGAGGACGCGUACGACCAGCUCUACCCACAAGUCUCCCGAAACCUGCUCAGGAAAAGGCAGCCCGCGAGCUUCAAUCAGUGGGGUGGCCGGCGCUACGUCUUCACUGACACGGAACACGGCAGCGAAACCUCUCGCUCGAUCGUGGCCCGUGUCAUGAAGAUGCGCCCGGGGCUCUAUCAGCAGCAGCCGCAAUGCGGCGGCUACGAUCUGAGACAGCGCAACACUCAGACAUCGCCACAAUGCCUCCGAGUGCAAAACAUUUGCCAGCGGAUCGAUCCGGUGGACGAUCCAGCGUCAGCGGGCCUGACCUUGCAGCUUGGGGUGAAGCUCGCCGCGGGCUCCGAAUAA